GAGGUGGGAGGAUGGCCUGAGCCCAGGAGGUCCAGGCUGCAGUGAGCUAUCAUGGUGCCACUGUACUCCAGCCUGGGCAACAGAGCAAGACCCUGUCUAAAAAAAAAGGAAAAGUGGGGAGUACAGGUGACUUGGGGCCGGGAGCCAGCAAUAGGCAGGGUUGUGGGCUGGGCAGUGUGGAGGGUAUUUCCCCCCAGUGCUGGGAGAGGCGAUGGCAAUCUAGAUAUGGCCUUAUCAAUUCAUGUUAGUUACCAACGACUGAAAAAAUGCAGACCACCAGGGCAUUGCUCUUGUCUCCAGCUCUGAUCCGCUGUUGUACUAGGGGGCUAACCAGGCCUGUGUCUGCCUCCUUCUUGAACAGCUCAGUGAAUUCAUCUAAACAGCCUUCCUACAGCAGCUUCCCACUCCAGGUGGCCAGAUGGGAGUUCCAGACCAGUGUUGCCUCCCGGGACAUUGACACGGCAGCCAAGUUGAUUGGUGCUGGGGCAGCCAGAGUUGGUGUGGCGGGUUCAGGGGCUGGCAUUGGAAUGGUGUUGGGCAGCUUGAUCAUUGGCUAUGCCAGGAACCUGUCUGUCAAGCAGCAGCUCUUCUUCUGUGCCAUUCUGGGCUUUGCCCUGUCUGAGGUUGUGGGGCUCUUCUGUUUGACGGUCGCCUUCCUCAUCCUCUUCACCAUGUGAGGCUCCCUGGGGGCCACCUGCCUGUUGCUGCUACAGCUCCACACCAUUCCUGGGGCUGGGGCGUGCUAAGCUUUACCAUUAAACACAACGUUUGUCUAAAAAAAA